UAACAACCGUCAGGAACGGAAAAAAAUGGCGGCCGAUUUUUGACACCCGUACCCGUGCCGCCUCCGUCCCCGUCAUCGGGCGUAUGCGUGCCGUCCCCGAAACCGCUGCGCGCACCGACGAUCGCCGUUUCCCUACACCCGUCCGUUUACGGUUCACCGUUUCGCAAAAGCGUAGUCGCGUGAACGACAACCACGGACAAACCGUAACAUAAUCAUAAUAUUAACGCGUCGGCGUCAUCUCAACGGACGCCUGACAACACUCCGCAGCCGCCUUCGCGAACACCGCGUAUUUAAUUAACAAGACUUCGACAAUGUCUGAAAACGAAGGAGCAACUAUUGUAUUAGAUGCCGGGUCAUCUGCAAAUACUAUGACUAUUGAUGGAACUCACAUAAAGUUAGAGGCUUCAUCCUCUGGCUCUGAAAAUAUCACAGACAUACAAAAUUACUUAGAUUCAUUUAAUAAAGAAAUUGAAGGAAAUGAUGUAACACAAGUACAACCUGAUGGGGACUCAGUAGAACAUGCAUAUUUCAUAGAUCAAAAUGUCCAAUAUUACUAUCAAACAACUACAGGAGAUGGCCAGAUGGUUAUGGUUGGAGGACUUUCAGAACAUGAUGCACAAAUGAUGGCUAACACAAAUGAAAACAAUAUAAAUAACGUAACUCAAAUUGUUCUGCCUAAUGUACAAGAUAAAAUUAAAAAAGAUAUCCCCCAAAUUGUUGCUUUAGGAGAUGGUAGUGGGUAUCAAACAGUUACUCUUGUUCAAGCUGACGCUGACACCAACAAUUAUGUUCUUUAUGUAGUCAAACAACAAAAUGACAAAAAUGAUGAAACAUCAAAUGUUAGUAUGGAGAUUUCUCAAGAAGACCCUGAUCCAGAUGAUCCUGAUGUCAAUAAUGUAUAUGAUUUUAAUGAUGGGGAAGAUCCAACUCUACCAAAAAAACAAGAAAUAAUUGAUUCGGGCGAAGAAGAUGACAAAUCUAAAAUACUUAAAAUAGUACCUAAAAAGUCACAGACUGUAACUCAAGCACACAUGUGUAAUUAUUGUAAUUACACUACUGGAAAAAGGUAUUUGUUGUCUCGUCAUAUGAAGUCUCAUUCUAAAGAGCGCCCUCAUAAGUGUACUGUUUGUGAACGUGGUUUCAAAACUCUAACUUCUUUGCAAAAUCAUGUUAAUACUCAUACUGGAACAAAACCUUAUCAAUGUCGAAGUUGUCCAAGUGCUUUUACUACAUCGGGAGAACUUGUUAGACAUGUUCGGUAUAAGCAUACUCAUGAAAAACCACAUAAAUGUACGAUAUGUGAUUAUGCUAGUGUAGAACUUAGCAAAAUGAGAAAUCACAUGAGAUGUCAUACUGGUGAAAGACCAUACCAAUGCCCCCAUUGUACUUAUGCAAGUCCAGAUACAUUUAAAUUAAAGCGUCAUUUGCGUAUACACACUGGUGAGAAACCAUAUGAGUGUGAUAUUUGCUUUUCUAGGUUUACCCAAUCCAACAGUUUAAAAACACACAGACUAAUACAUAGCGGUGAAAAACCUGUAUUUAAAUGUGACCAUUGUCCCGCCACUUGUGGUCGAAAAACUGAUUUACGUAUUCAUGUACAAAAGCUUCAUACUUCCGACAAACCUAUUAAGUGCAAACGGUGUAGUGAAGCGUUCCCUGAUCGUUACCAGUACAAGGUUCACUGUAAAUCACACGAAGGGGAAAAAUGUUAUAAAUGUGAAUUGUGUCCUUAUGCUUCCAUGUCUCAGCGUCAUCUUGAAACUCAUAUGUUAAUACAUACUGAUGAAAAACCAUUCCAUUGUAAACAAUGUGAUCAGUCAUUCAGACAAAAACAAUUACUUCGCCGCCAUCAUAAUCUGUAUCAUAAUCCGGCUUAUAUACCACCUCCACCACAUGCAAAAACUCAUCAGUGUAAUACGUGCCAACGAUCGUUUAGACAUAAAGGAAAUUUACUAAGACAUAUGGAAGUUCAUAUGCAAGAAUCUACUGGAAAUGAUCGAAAUACAGCAUUAAAACAAAGACUGGAGUAUACAGAUUCAGCUAAUGAAGAUGAAUCUGAAGAGGACACAAGUAUUCCAACAAGUGAAACUGGAGUUGUAGCAGUGGAAGGCGACGAUGGACAGCAAUAUGUUGUACUUGAAGUGAUUCAACUUGAUGGUCAAGAUCAGAUAGAUAAUUACUCAUCCACGAGUGUAUCAAUACAACAAGUUGACCAAUCUUCUUCACCAAGUCAAAAAGACCUAACAAUUUUAAAAACUGCGUCUUUGUUAGACGUAAAAGAAGAAUGUGGUGAUGGUGUUGAAAAUUGUUUUGGUUUUGAUGACGAAGAUGAUGAAGAAACCAACUCAGGUGGUUAAAAGUAACUAUAAUUUAAGUGUAAAAUUUUAACUCAAACUUUUUACAUUUCCUUUUAUAUAAUUUGUGUACCAAAUUUUAUGUUUUUAUCAUUUUUAUCAUUAUUGAUGUAUAGUGUAAUAUAUUGAACAAACUGCUCUUUUAUAGCCUAAAAUUUAUGUUAUUUUAGAUUUAAAAUAUUUGAACCUUAGAAAUAAGUAUCCAAUUUAUAUUAUACUAUUAUAGCUAUUGGUUUGUCUAUGUGUAAUUUAUUUUUAUUUAAAUUUUGUAUUUUGUAAAAAAAUUACACAAAAUACUUAAACUAAGUCAUUAGUGAUUAACAAAUUAGCGUGUUUAUAUUCAUUAAUAGCUUCAAUUAUUUUAUAACCAUGAUUUUAAAUUGUUUUUUUAUUCGAAUUAUUAUUGAAUACAAUAUAAGUAAACAAAUGUAUCAACUAACUGUUAACAAAACUAAUAGUCAAUUCAACAUCGCUGAUUUGUGUUUUAUUAUAUACAGACUUAUUAUUGCAUUUUUUACUGUGUGAAUUAAUUGAAAUAGUAGAUUAACCUAUUACGUAGCGUUUACAAUUAAUAACGUUUAGAGAACCGAUUUUUUUUCUUGUGAAAUUCAUAAAUUUAAAAUCUGAUAUAUUUUAAUUAUACAAUGUUUAUUUAAAGUGUAGUAUUUUUUUUUUUUUUCAGUGUAUUUUGACAUAACCUAAAGACCUUUAUUAAAAUAUUGAAUAUUUUAAAGACUGCACUUAUUUAUCUUGAAUAAAGAGAUUGAUAUAGUAUUACUUUAUAAACACUAAACGAUUCCUAAUUGUAUUUUGUAAAUAAAUAUUUCUUACUUAUAGUACUCUAUUGAAAUAAUUUUAAUUUGUAAUUAUAAUAUAUUUUGUUUCUAUUCGAUUAUGUAUUUUUAAAUUAUGUAGUUACAUUCCCAGUCCCGUUUAUAAUAUGACCAUGGAAGUAUAAAAUUAUUUAAAUUUAUUAUUGUGUGCCAGUUGUCCAGAUAUAUUGUAAGCAUGUGCACUUUUUAUUCCUAAAAUAUAUUGAGUGCUGUUGAUUGUUAUGCAAUUAACAAAUAAACUAUUGUUAACAUUAAUAUACUCUUGUUAGAUAUGUAAACAGAUUACAAUAUUAGUCUUUAAUUAUUUUAGUGUUAUUGUAAUUAAUAGUUGUUUCUAAAUGGCAUCCUAGCUUUGAUUAUAAAUAAAGUACAAGUACAAUAUAGCAUUAAGAAA